ACCCACCCAUUAUUUACAAAGGAUGACAAAAUAUUGCCACUAAGAAUAUUUGAUUGUCGUGGUCUGCACAAUGUAAGUGGAGUGACGCCAGAGGAUAUUCAAUUAAUGGUUAUAGGCCAUGUCAAAAGUGGAUAUCAGAUAAACCCAGUUGCAUCAAUACAAAGUGACCAUGCAAAAUAUCGAUCUCAGCCAAAUAUAGGGGACAGGAUCCAUUGUCUCAUAUACGUUGUUAACGCUGACAAUCCACAGUCAGCGUUGGCUGAUGAAUCGGCUGUGGAGAUUUUCAAAAGAAUGCGAGAACUAUUGGCACCAUUAAAUGUACCACAGCUUGUUUUGAUGAACAAGGUCGACAGGCUCCGGGCAUCGUUGUCGGAUGACAUUUCUCAGAUCUUCAGAAGUGAAGAGGUAUAUAGGAAGUUUAAAGUCGUUGCUGAUUUCAUGCAACUUCCUGACAUGAAUGUCUUGCCGAUGUCCAAUUACCAUGAUGAGACUAACCCUGAUCCUAAGAAAGAUGUAUUAGCAUUGUCAAAUCUUAAAAUGAUGAUGGACAGAGCCAACGACUUUUUGCAGAGACAAGACACAAGCAGUGCACCUGAAGAUUUUUAUGAUUGAUUAGAA